AUGCAUUUUGCGAGUAUGCGACCACGGCUUGCUCAUGUCGGGCCUCCGGUUCGGAUGCUUUGGUCACGGAACUUUUCCUCCUCCUCACGAUGUUACGAGAUUAGAGAUGUUGCAACUCUACCAAAACGACUGAUACCAAAAUACCAAGCAGAAUCCCAAGAGGGCGAUCUCCUUUCCCUCCAAUGGCCAGCACCCCCGCGCAAUAUCUUCGUCGUGAAGAAAGACUAUUCUCCGGCCGUUACUGCCUCUCUAAUUGAAUUUGCCAAUCAUGCGACGUCUACCUACCCAUCGGCCUCGAUCAUCCUAGAACCCAGUGUCGCAGAGGAAAUACAUUCGUCACUUCAGUCGCCUGUUUACACCGCCCCUCUCGACCAACUACGACCGGCCUUGCAUGAUAAGGUGGAUCUCACCGUUACUCUCGGGGGAGAUGGUACGAUUCUGCAUGCCUCGUCCUUGUUUGCCACGUGCUACAACGUCCCGCCGGUGCUGUCAUUCAGCAUGGGAACAUUGGGCUUCUUGAGCGAAUGGAAAUUUGCCGAAUACAAGCGCGCAUUCCGCGAGGUAUACAUGUCAGGAGCCGGAGUUGGGGAUCGCGCGACGGUGCUGGGGGACUCCCGGCCGGCCUCAGCCGACGAAACGCUGGAUCUGGAAGCGAAUCCUACUGGAUGGUCCUCGGUACGAGGGAAGUCGAUGGGCUUAACGCGCGGUGCCCGGAUCUUGAUGCGCAACCGACUGAAGGUUGGGCUCUUUACGGCGGACGGCAAGCCAGUCCAACGGGAAUCCACAUCAGCGGCCAUGCCAAACGUCUUGAAUAACCAGGGAGUGUACGUAAUGAACGAGGUACUCUUGCAUCGAGGCAAAGAGCCACAUUUGGCGGUGCUGGAUGUCUAUGUUGGGGGCCGGUUUCUGACGGAAGCCGUGGCCGACGGAAUCAUUAUCUCAACACCGACGGGUAGCACAGCGUAUAGUCUGAGCAGUGGAGGCAGUAUUGUGCAUCCACUCGUGCCUGCGGUUCUACUAACACCGAUCUGUGCGCGGAGUCUAAGCUUCCGGCCCUUGGUGCUGCCAUCCAGUACUCCGAUUACCCUCCGACUGAGCGAGAAGAACCGGAGUCGUGAGCUGGAGGUCAGCAUUGACGGGGUGAACUUAGGGCAAGGAUUGACCGCGGGAAUGGAGGCACGAGUAUGGGACGAAGAGAUGCGACAUGGCAAGAAUGAAUGGCAAGGAGGCGUGCCAUGUGUCAUGCGAAGAAUCACCGGUGGUGAAGCACACGAUGGAUGGGUUGGAGGCUUGAAUGGAUUGCUGAAAUUCAACCAUCCAUUUGGGGAGGAACGCUGAUUUACGUACUCACUAUGAUUGACUACACACCACAUGUACUUAUACAGAAUACCGAAGUGUAUGUGUGGCCUGGAAGAGGAGGAGGGCUAGGGGUAAAACAUGUAGCAUAGUUAAUGUCCAAAUCUGUAUGAAUAGACCAAAAUU